CGACAGCGCUAGGCGAAAACAAGAGCGCACCUGGGCGCGCGAUCACGCUAUGAUAAAGCCUUCGUGUUCGCGUGGGGGAUAAGAGAAAUUUCGUUGCACAGAAAUGUGAAUCAUGGACCAUUAGGCAGAGCUUGCGCUCAUCUUUUCGCGCAACAUUCGGUAAACAAUUACGCAUACGUGGAUUCCGGGAAGUCAGCGCAACGAUAACUGAUAUUGAAGUCGCGCGUGCAUGCCGUAGAAUUAGUGCAUUGCGUUAGAAACGGCGGUGUAUAAAUUACACGAUGAGAUGAGAGAGUGCUAAAGUCUACACAACAUUGUUAAGUUUUAUACAUACGACGAGUACGUAUACGCGUUGAUGUCACACAUCACACUUUUUUUUCACACGUAUAUAUCUGCGCGUAUGUGUGUAUUCGAGCGAGUCUGGAGGAGCACCAUGAGAGUGGGAGCGAGGUUUGGUCUGGGCGUCUGGUUUCCAGCGAAUUUCCUCGCCCGAGCACGCCGACGGCUUACAAGGAAGGAUCAGUCGGAACCUAUUAGUGGUACAGUUAAGUGACAAAAGGGGGCUUUAAGGAUGACUCUCGGAGGAGGAGUCUUCGUUCUGGCGCUCUCCGUUUAUCUGUUGCGCGCACCGUUGCUCGCGGAUGCGACCAAAGUAUUGGGAAAUUGCCCGUCGUUCAGCAGCUCCAUGACGCAAACGGAACUCCUGCAGGAACUGGCGAACGAGUGUCGGUACGACAAAAUGGUGAGGCCGCCCGGAGUGGAGAAUGCGAUCGAUCCGAUCAGAAUCUACACCAAAGCUUUUAUCUACACGAUAAAGUCCAACAUGGCGAAAACUCUGCAAUUUGACGUGCAUCUAAUGCUGCAGUUCCGUUAUCUGGACAAACGGCUCGAGUUCACGGACAUAGCCCCGUACAUGAAUCAGAUAUACGGCGGCCAAAACGCUCACGCGCUCAUCUGGACGCCCACCGUGUACGUCGCGAACGAGCGUUCGUCGGCCGUGAUGGGAAACGGCGUCAAAGAUCUGCUCAUCUCCAUCAGUCCCGGCGGCAUGGUUAUCUUGAACACGAGAUUGGUGACCAUGCUGAAUUGCGGGCUUCGACUGGAAAAGUUUCCGUUUGACGUGCAAGAAUGCCCGCUGGUGUUCGAAAGCUGGACUCACAAUGUCAACGAAAUGGUGCUGGACUGGGACAAUGAUUCGAUUGUCGUCGCGAGUGAUUUAUAUCUGACGGAGUACAAGCUCGUGGACACGUGGACCAAUCGCUCCGGCGUAUCUUACACCGAGACGCAGCAUAUUUACGGGCAUUUCGCCGGCAAUUUCAGUUCGAUAAGUAUUACGUUUAAACUUGCGCGUGAAAUGGGAUUCUUCAUGAUGGACUAUUACGUGCCGUCUAUAUUGAUCGUCGUAGUCUCUUGGGUGUCCUUCUGGUUACACCAGGACGCAAGUGCGCCGCGAAUAGUUUUAGGAACGAACACCAUCCUGGCGUUCAUGACGCUUGCGUCGAAAGUGGAAAAUUCGUUGCCGAAGGUGUCUUACAUAAAAGCGAGUGAGAUUUGGUUUUUGGGCUGCACGGUGUUCCUGUUCGCGGCAAUGGUCGAGUUCGCCUUCGUCAACACGAUAUACAGGAGAAAGAAGAAUGUGCCGUUGAAGAAAGUCAACAGCAAGUACAUUCUGAAGUCAACUUUGACCCCGCGACUGGCGAGAAAGCAGUUCCAGAAGAAUACAACCGGACUGGAACGCUCGCGAUCGUGGUCGUCGUUAGAUAACACGAAUACGAACAGCGAGCAGGACUUCACGAGUCAGAAUUAUCUCACCGUACACAGCUUUCCGAGCACAAUCAACAUUCCGUCAGUGAGAAUAGAGGAGGACAAGGAUCCGGAUUGCUCUGUCGGCAGUAUCACGACCAUCGACAGCACUCCGCCAUCCAAGCCCUUUCCUCGCAGGGCGACUCUCGCCAAGCUGCACAAUUUUACGACGAUGACACCGCAGGAAAUCGCGCAGUGGAUCGACAAGCGCAGCAGAAUAGUCUUCCCCGUGUCGUUCAUCAUAUUCAACAUACUCUACUGGUCUUUUAUAUGGAUCGAGCAAGUUUACGAAGGUACAACGAAGAAAUUAGCGCAGGAUGUUCUCAACGGCUACAACGCAACCGUAUUCGCGUACGGCGCGACCGGCUCGGGGAAAACGCAUACGAUGGUGGGAACGUCGUCGAAUCCUGGAAUUAUGGUGCGCGCACUGAACGAUAUUUUCUUAGCUACGAGAAAAUUACCGGACGACGCAGACUUCACGGUCACAAUGUCGUAUAUGGAGAUUUACAACGAGAACAUUCGCGAUCUCCUUAAUCCUAGCGCGGGAUAUCUGGAUCUACGCGAUGACACUCGAGGUCGCAACGUUAUGGUCUCAGGAUUGACGGAAGUCUCCACUAACUCGACCGAAGAAGUGAUGCAGCUGUUGGACAGAGGUAACAAAGCGCGAACAAUAGAGCCGACAGCCGCGAAUAAAACCUCAUCGCGAAGUCACGCGCUCCUCAGCGUGACAGUUAGACAGUCCUCUCGGCCGUCUCAGGGUGGCGAUCAGCGUUUGCGCCACAAAGUGAAGCAAGGGAGACUAUUUAUGAUCGAUCUCGCCGGCUCUGAGCGUGCUAAGCAGACCAAGAACAAAGGCAAGAGGCUGCAAGAAGGCGCGCACAUCAACAGAUCCCUCCUCGCGCUGGGCAACUGCAUCAACGCUCUAUCCGGCGGCGCGCGAUACGUGAAUUAUCGCGACUCCAAGCUCACGCGGUUGCUGAAGGAAGCCCUGAGCGGCAACUGUCGCACCGUCAUGAUCGCCCACGUGUCGCCGGUGAACGCGCAACGCGACGAGAGCAGGAACACCCUGAUCUACGCGGACCGCGCCAACAAGAUCUCCAACAAGGUCGAGCGGAACGUGCUGGACGUCAGCUAUCUGCACGUCGCGCAGUACCGCGACGUGAUCAACGACCUGAAGAGCGAGAUCUCGCGUCUGCGAAACAAGAUGCAGGACGACAGGCCGAAGAGGACGGAAUCGGAGAAGGAAACGGCGGACAACGCGCGCGGCAAUGAUUUCAGAUCGCUGCGGGAGAAGAUCGUGUCCGCUUUUAAGGAGCAGAUGCGUUUAAGGAGGAAGCUGAUGGAAUUGGACAGUCAUCUCUUGGGCCUGAAUAUCGCUGCCGAGCAGCAACAUUCCGUAAUCUCACAUUGGGAAUCGAGGAAUAACAAAGUCUAUGGAAAGUCACGGGACUCCAGCACGCGUCGCACCGGUACGGAUUACCAAGUGGACGAGGUGGACGACAUCGAUCUUUUAGAAGAUACCGAUCUGGAGGACGACCUGACCGUGCAACAGGCGUGGACGGAACUGACGGAAAUCACGAGAGAGCAGGAAAGGUACGCGGAGAUGCGCGCCGCUGCGGAAAAAGAGCUCGAGGCCUGCCGAAAGCGCAGCGCCACGCUCGAAGAUGAACUGCCAUCGCGCAUCAACUCGGACGAAGAGCGCGAGCUGUUGGCGCUGAUGCUGAGAGUCCACGAGCUUGAAGCGGAUAAAAUGAUGCUGCAGAGCGAGAGGCUGGUUAAACAGCACGAGCUGAGGCGUCGCGAGCUGCUGCUGCUGCGUUACGAUCGACAGCGACAGAUCUCCGACGAGAUCAUCACGAGACAGCGACGGAUUAUGGAAGAUGGUCGCUUGACGCUUCCGGCCGAUCUGCAGAACCUGUACGCCAUGUAUCAGCAAGAGAUCCAAGCCGCGACGUACAUCGACAGCAGCCUCGGCGAUCUCGCCAUGUCGUCGUCGAUCGGCCGCGGAAAAUUGCCACCUAUAUCCAGCCGGCUCAGCAGUUACGACAACUUUAAUAGCGACCUGCGAAUAGCGAGCAGUUCCACGGAUUCCGAUUGGGAUUCACCGCUGCCGCCGAUUCUGGAACCGCAGGAAGAAGCGGAUCACGUGCUGGGGCCAGUAGUGCAACCGUUAAUUUCACCGGCCGCCUUGUUCCCGCCGAUAUCGGCGGCCAACGCGCGAAACCACGAUAAGAAGCUUCGUCGAAUAGCAAGUGAUGACAGCAUAGAGUCGGGGCGAUUUGUGCACAAUAGUGAUCGUUACAACGCUCUCAGAUCGAGAACCGAUGAUCGCGACGCAGGAAGCUGAGAUUAAUCUUCAGGUGCUCUCGACGUCUCUCGCGAGCGGUAUUGCGCGGCUUGGCGUUCUUAGGCGAUUCGUGCUCGAAUCGCU